UGUUGGUUUGAACUUUAUUUACUAGUUACCGUUGUAUCAUAGGAAAGCAUUAAUAUUAAAUUUAAGUCAAGUAAGUUUAUUUUUCAUCAUCUCUAUAGUAGACUCUUUUAUUUCAACCGUCAAGGGUGCCCUUGCAUAUCCACCCUUGAUAAAAGUAGGAUUUAAGUGCACCCUUUAUAUUUUAAUUUAACCUCCCUUUCUUUUCUCAAGAAAACAUCUAAACCUAUCCUUAGUUCAGUAGUUCAGAAAAGAUGGAAGGAGGUGGUCAAGCAGUUUCUCAAGAUUCUUUAUCAAUCAGACAAUCAAGUGUUCCAGGUUUGACAGACGAUGAUGCUCUACAAGAGUUUCCUACUCCUGAACCAUCUAAGAAGGAAAGUAAUGCAAAAGUACAAGAUAGAAAUGAACAUUUGAGUCAGAGCAUUAUAGAAAAAAGCAUCUUGGAUCAGCCAAAAGAAACAGAAGAAUCACAGUCAGAAUUAUUACCUGUCCAACCAAGUUUUGCUGAAGAUAGUUUGAGCUCUACAACUGCACCAGUGUUAGACCAAGCAUCAAGCAUUACUGAAGGUGGAGAUGGUCAGUGCUAUUGUGGCAAUGAAAGAAACCUGAACACAGUUGAACUUCAGUGUGCUGGGUGCCUAAAAUGGUUUCACCAAGAAUGUAUUACACAGUCUAUUGGGAAAUGUGUUGCUUUUAUGUACAACUAUCAUUUCUUAUGCAAAAGCUGUAAUCCUUCUGGUUUUGAAACUUUUACCAAAAAACAGGCAAGUUUUAGCCAAAUGUGUGUCACAUCUAUUGCUAAUCUUCUGCAGCAGAAUAUAGCUGCUGGUACUGCUAGGACUAUGUUUUCCAAAGACAAGGAAAUUAUUCCAUUUAUUGAAAAGCACUGGGAACACAUGACAACAAUGGCUCGCAGAGUAAAACAAACAUGGCAUACAACUGUUCAUAAAACAAUGUUAAAAGACAUUGAUAUAUUUACUUGUGAGGAGUGUAUGCUGGAUGGAGACUCCUCAGAAACAUACCCGUUGUUUGGUUUGGUGCUACAGGACAUAAGAAAGAUUGCUCCUAGUUAUGAAACUCCCAUGAAACCUGGACAGUCAAAAAAUAUGGACCUUUUAUCCUCACAGAAUGCUGUAAGUGGUUUUUUUGGUGGAAAAGGAAGAGGUGCCAAAAGAAAGUUUCCUGUGGAUGGAAUAUCUACAGCUAAGGAAAAGAAAGCCAAAAGUGACUUGGUUAUACCCAAACUCCCUCCUCAUGGUUUUCCUUUGGAACACCCCUUCAAUAACGAUGGCUUCCGCUACAUUCUAGCUGAACCAGACCCUCAUGCUCCAUGUCGACAAGAGUUUGAAGAGAGUGAAGACUGGGCAGGAAAACCCAUUCCAUGUUGGUUAUACCGGACUUUGGUUUCUUCUAAUGUAUUCCUAGCUAUGCAUGACCGAGGUGAG